UGAACUCUAAGAGGGCACGCGUGUUCUAGAACGACAAGUUAUUCCACAUCAGUUAAGAAAGCAUUCUCGUGUACAUUGACUUCUUUCUAAGACACCGCAGGAGGGACCUUUUGGAACAGAAAUAAACGAUCUUAUUUUGAACUCUAAGAGGACACACGCGUUCAAGAACGACAAGUUAUUCCACAUCAGUUAAGAAAGCAUUCUCAUGUACAUGGACGCCUUUCUGAGACACGGCAGGAGGGACGUUAUAUAACAGGAAUAAGCGUUCUCAGUUCUAACGCCAAUUAGACACGGAUGCGUUCCAGAGUGACACGUUUUCUCCAUCGAUAAAGAUAGUUCAGCAACGAGAGAAACCGCGUAAGAUAAAACCGGCGUUUUGUUGUAAUAACGGUCAGCAUCUCUAUUGAAGAUCAAUAUAAUCACAACCAUCCAAGCUGGUGUUCUGUUGACGGACAACCAUUACUGAAAUGGACAGAUAGAGCGAUUGUUGAUUAGGUGAAGGAUUUCUGCUGUAAUUAUCAUAUAUGUAUACGACUGAUGACGUUUAAUUCGUGUACCGACUGCUCUUGCUUUAUCCUACCGGACCGUGUAAAUAAUAUUGAUAAAGGCUAUAAGGCGUGAUGGUAUUCAUGGUAUUCAAGAGAGAUUAAAAAUAGUGAACGGACGUAACUGGGUAUAAGAUGGAUGGCGUAAGUGUUACGUCUUCGUUUUUGGUUAGAAUCUGCGAGUAACAUUUUUGUCGAAUAUUGAAAUUAAGCGGUUACGCUGACAAAGUUCAUACUUGUAUUUAUUAGAAAGUCAGCUUAGCCAACGACGAUGUCGCAAUUAGAUUCUUGUGCGAACUCUACACAUAUCACCGCACUGGACAUGUCAACACCAAAAUACAUAGAUGUGGCGACCUACAACCGUCUUCAAGAUUUUAAGUUAAAUUACGCGCAUAUUCACGGGUAUCUCAGCACAGCUGUGUGCGUGGUUGGUAUUUUAGCGAACAUCGCUAAUGUUGUGGUGCUCAAUAAAAAGCACAUGCGAACGUCUACAAACAUAAUUUUGAUGUGGCUGGCCGUUGCGGAUCUGUGUACGAUGGCUGAGUACGUUACGUUUGCACUUCAAUUUUACGUUUUCAAAGAGGAUGGAAUGCCGUCAAUAUUUCACACUAGGACGUAUGGAUGGAUGUGUUAUCUGCUGUUUCACGCAAAUUUCAGUUUAAGUAUGCAUUCUAUAUCAAUCUGGCUCACGAUAAUGCUUGCCACGUUUCGGUUUAUUUACAUUUUCCUAUAUUCACGAGCAAAUAAGUAUUGCAGUACAAGGCACGCGAAAAUGGUAAUCUUUAUAAUAUACAUCAGUGCUGUGUUAUUGUGUAUACCAAACUAUAUUUCUAAUUACUGGGAACUCACUAAUGUUACAAACACCGUAACUGGAGAAAACGAGACCGUGUUUACGUUUUCUCAACGUAAAUACGGGCUUUAUAUACACAUAUUCGAUAUGAAUUACUGGAUUCAGUCAAUGUUAAUCAAGCUUGUCCCAUGUGUGCUUCUGACAAUUCUAACAAUAAUGCUGAUUCUAGGUCUACGGAAGGCGCAUCAUAACCACGUUCAGCUUAAAUCACAAGGAAUGCGUAAUGAUGAUGUAGAGAAGCAUCACGAACACUACCGCACGACGGGCAUGCUCUUGGCAGUUGUAAUUCUAUUUUUGAUAGUUGAGCUGCCCCAAGGAAUAAUGACGUUGCUGAUGAUCUUCAUGCCGGAGCUGUAUAAUGAAGUGUAUAAUCCUCUUGGGGAUAUCUUUGAUAUUGUUGCAUUGUUGAAUAACGCUGUCAAUUUUGUUUUGUAUUGUUCGAUGUCAAAGCAAUUUAGAGAUACGUUCAUCGUAACGUUUUGUAAAUGUUUUACUUUAGACGAAGAAAGGGAAAAGUGGAGAAAUAACACUUUGAUCACACAACGCAAUGGAGCCUCCAUGCGACGGCUUUCCAAGCAGCAGGUUAACGGAUCGCUCGGUCAAAUGGUUUAGUAUGGCAAUUGGAUAUUUAAUUGGUAAUCGUGAAGAAAAUGAAUUACACUAUAUCAAUAGCUGCUACGAAAUUUCCAUUCACAUAAUGGAGAACUGUAUUAUCGGAUUAAAAUGUCAGAUAAAUACAUAUUAAUAUAUGACGAUGCAUAUAUGUGCACUUGGUCACACGAUAAGUUCAGCAUAAUAGCAAAUGCUAAUACGAUAUCAAAUUGAACAUACAUAUAAACGGCAUCUUGAAAAUAACUGUCCUCAUAUAUUAGUAUGCACAUUUUUGUUCGGCCUCUUCAGCAUAACGUUUAUUAUAGAAUCUUUUUAAAUGUUCAAACUCUGAUAUCGAAACACAGAUAUUAUCUGUGUAUGCACUUAUGUAUAAAACAUAAUAAACGUUUGAUUUAGGCCGAUACAACAUGUGUUAAUUUUUUGUACAUUUAUAUGCAUGUUCUUUGGUCAUAAUUUGGGGUUUAAAAUGUAUUUGCAAUGUAUGUACCAAACUCACUUUGUUGAAUUGUUGAAUUCAUGUUGACAUCAUAUUUUAACAACAUUUAUAUUGUUUGUGUCUAAAUGAUAAAUUAUCACUAUUUUUUUAGUGAGUGAAAAUAACAAUGUACAUAUAUAAGUUAAUGUUUGUACAUUUAAUUUGAUUUGCACUAUUUCAUGAUAAGUGUUACUUUAGUUCGAUAAAACAUAGCACAAAAUAACGUAUUGAGUUUGUUUCAUUUACAAAUCAAACAUACUAUUGUCACCUUUCAAUAAUCGUCGUUUCAGUGUUUACAAUCAUGCCAAUUCUAUGUAUGUGAAUUAUAUUUCGACAUAGUAAUAAUUCUAUCCUUAUGUAGUUGAUGUGCUGCUUCUGGUUGAAAUGAUGCCCAGUUUGUUCAUGUUAAAUGUACGAGGUUAUGAAAUUAUGAAAAUCAUUGAAUCUAUCCGUUCCUUUUUGUCAAUAUUCAAACAAUCAUCAUCAUUAUCUCUGAAUGUAAUUGUGUUUUUUUCAAUUUGAACAAUAAUGGUAAUUCAGUCGUUAAAAUGGCAUAUCCACUUCAUUUUCCAAUUAAAAAGACACGAAUUGAUAAUACAAACAUGAUUAUAUAGUAACAACUAGUAAUUUAUGAUUAUUUUUUUAAUUUUAGCACUAAGCAAAUAAUCGAUAGACGUUGUCAGUGGGAAACGAACACGCGCCAAACAUCGUGCAUUUUGAAGAGAUUAUCCAUUAGUGAUAGUGGGCAUGCGAAUAGAGGUUAUUCAUGAACAUAACAUUUAAAUCAUCAUUAAUACUUCUACUUAUUUUCUAUCUUCCGCGACUAACAUUUCUUUAAUAUAAAAAUUAACAAAGUAUGUACUGAACAGCAAAUAGAAUCUAACAAAACGUUUGUGAGGUACUCUAAAUAUUUACACUUUUUAAUUAUGCUUUAAAACUGAAAUCAAUGAGUAUGCAUUUUAAAAUACAUGAUACCUGGAUUGGAGUCAGAAACUUUAUUUCUAGUGUCAAGUUCAUAUACAGUGCACGCAAUGUUAUACAUUAUAGCUUUUAUAUUGAGUUUAUGUGAAUAGCAUAUAAAUGGAACAACCGUUUUUGUUAAAGCAGCAAUUGUUUAUGUGAAACUGAACAAUCAUACGAUAUUUCCGUUUAACCAUAUGUAUCUAUGUCGUUUUCAUGUAUAAACAUUGUAUUUGAAAUUACUUGCAUAUAUUGUGCUGUGUUCGAUUUGUACAGAUACAGUGAAUCCGAAAAUGUGUC